AUGGCUCAUACUUGUCGCACUUCUCAAACAAUGAAUUAUAGACGACAACUCUCGGAACAAGAACAAUACAAUGCAGAAAUGGUUAGAAUGGUUGAAAAAAGAAACCAUCAUUUGGCAGUUGUCGAAUACAGAAACGAUAUCCAUAAUCAUAUAGUCAAUUUAGAUUUGGAUCUAGAAGAAAACGUAAUUAUUGAUCCGCAUCAAGAUCAAGUUAAAAUACUAAGACCAAUGAUUUUGAAUUCUCUGUUGGAUGUAUGCUAUAGACUAAAUUGGACGUCGUCUACUUUUUCCUUGGCAGUUCAUCUAUUUGACUACUACACCUCCAAUACAACCAUUGACAUAAGUAAUUGCAGAUUGAUUGGAUUUUGCUGCCUAUGGAUAUCUUCUAAAUAUAAUGAAAAUAAACCAAAGGGUAACAUCUUAAAUGCUUUGAUUAAGAGAUCUGGUCAUGAUCAAAGCGCUAAACAAACUUUCCUAAAGAUUGAGCUGGAUAUACUGAAAACUAGGCAUUGGGAUUUGUCCUAUCCGACGCCUGAGUUAUUCCUAGAUGUCUUUUUAAAUAUAGGAGAACCGAAUAACACUGAAAGACGAUUGGGUUCAUUAUUUCUAUGUGAUAUUGCCCUCUUCAGUAUAGAUAUUGUUUCAAAUUACUCAUCAAGCUCAAUUGCUGCUUCAUCCAUCAUGAUUACUAAUUUUGCAAUGCUAAAUCUAAGGUUGAAACACAUACGUCAACACAGAUUCGAUGAACUAGAGAGCUUAAUCUUGAACCAAGUUGUCAAGUUGGAAUCUUCGAUCAAACUGAAGUACUUAGAUAGUAAAGUGAUAUCUCAUAAGAAUAACAACGUCGUUAUCCAUAACUUGAUUUAUUUAGCCCAAUGUUUUGUUAAACAAAAAGAGGAGGAGAAGGAACAACUAAAAAAGUUGAAAGAUUUUGAUCUAAAUCCAAACAUGUAUUACAAUUCAAAUGGCUAUUUAUUGAAUACUAGCUUGAAUGAAAAUGGCAAUUUAUCUUUCUUCCCAAUUUCGCCAAUUGCUUCGCCUACCACUUUACCCAACAAUUCUUUUGUUAGGUCGACGGGUGAUGAUUCGCCUCAAAUGGUUUAUUCCAAAGAUGAUAUGUCAAACGGUAGACAUUCAAGGUCGCAAUCUAUGAGGAGUACAAUAUUGCCCACUCCCGGUACAACCCCCACUGCAUCCUUCAAUUUGGUUAACAGUUCUUCAAACUCAUCAUUAUCUACUUCUACUUCUUCUUCCUCGGUGUCAUCUAAUUUGAACGACAAUCCAAACGAACUGAAUCCAGAGUUUGGCCAGUAUCAAAAAUACUAUCAUACUCCACAAAUAUAUACUCCUGUUCAGUUAUUACCUCAUCCGUUACUGUAUUCACAUAGUCAUUUACAUAACCAUCAUUUGUCUCUAUCCUCACAUCCUUCAUACUCUCAACGUUUUGAGUUCAGUCGAUCGACGACACCAGAAAACAUGACCAAAGGGGUUAACAUCAACUCUAGGCAAAAGUACCAAAGGACUUUACCUGUAUUGACACGUUCAAGAGCAAGGGAGUUCGUUGGUAACGUUGGAAAUGAGGUGGUAGAAAGUGAACCUAAAAGGAGAAGAAUUUAG